AUGGCCGCCGUCAUGGACGACUAUCUCGACAGUCCCAUGGACAACGAGGACGUCUUUCCUUGCAAAGGCUGUGGAGAUAUCCUUGAGGAAGGCAAAGCGUUCGAACUUGGUAUGUCCUCGCAUCUCUCUUCCCUGCUUCCCAUUGCCCUUCCACAUGGUGCUACACAGUACAUGCUGGCUCCCCUUACCAACCUCUCCUGUCCGCCCGCCCUCGCCUCUGGUCAUGUCGUCACUUGCGCCAUGCCGUCCAUCAUCUCCAAGUUUCACCCCGCUAACACUGAUGCCUCUCCCUCAGCUGGCAACCGAUGGCAUCUCAACUGCUUCCGCUGUAACACCUGUGGAACUCUGCUCGAUUCCGAUGCGAACCUCCUCCUCCUCGGCGAUGGCUCCCUCAUCUGCAACAGCUGUACAUAUAGCUGCAAUGCUUGCGGCAGCAAGAUCGAGGAGCUUGCUAUCCUCACCGGCGAUCAGGCCUUCUGCGCAACCUGCUUCCGCUGCCGCAAUUGCAAACGCAAGAUCGAGAACCUUCGAUACGCUAGGACGUCUCAGGGUAUCUUCUGUAUGAGCUGUCACGAGAGUCUCAUGGCGAGACGCAGAAAAAAAUCAAAAGCGGCAGCACAAUCCAAAAGUCGAGAGAAGGACUCGUCUCCCAUGAUCACCGACAAGUCCCUACCCGCUCUCCCUCCCAACGCAAUACCACCCAACGCCUUCUCCGACACGCGCGUUGACCCCGAGUCGGACACACCGACCGAGCUGUCGCCGCGACCUCGCGCCGCCUACCGGAACGAUGCCGAUUCGCGGGGCAGUUCCCGGCCGGCGCGCUCUCCUGAGCGGUCAACCGAGAACAGUGGCAAGGAGACUGGGCUAGGCCUACCUGCCGCGAGUUACCGGAACAACCGCAACUCGGCCAUCAUCGCCCCGCCGGAUCUGAACGGCGGUGACGGCGACAGCUUCUUCAUCCCUGUCGCUCUCGAUCCUACCCCUGCCACCUCGACCCCGCGGUCCAUGUCGGACAACUUGAACGAUCCAGCGAAGAAGAAAGAAAGGGACUACUUCAGCGUGAAUAGGACCAAUUCGCAGAAGAGAACCGAGUCGCAAUCAUCAACACCGCACAUCGCCUUUCAAGAAAAGGGACGGCAGUCGUCAUCGGAACUGGAGCAUGCCAAACUUCCCUCGCGCAAGGCUUCGACCUCAUCCAGAAAGGAUUCGGCCGCUGCUCUGAAGCCCUCGCCCGCCACUGACGAAAAGUCGCAAAGAACGGUCGCGAGUAACCCUCAGUCGAUCAACGAAGACUUCAGGUUGCAAGACGCACCAAAGAGUAAGAAGGCUGCGAGCUCACGAAGCAACACCUCACCAACACUCCAGUCAGACAAUGGCAGCGCCAAGGGCUCGAACGGCGUCUCGAGGCGGGAGCCGCCGUCUGAGUCCCCUCCUCGUCCCAGCAUUGGUGACAUGAGCGGAACGUCGAGGUCUUCCCUUGACUCAAGAAGGCGUGACGAAGACGAUUUGCGACCGUCGCUAGACUCGAUGCCUUCAUCGCGUCCUGACGGCACCCCCAAUAAGCCCAUCGCGAGGAAGGAAUUGCCAGCAACUGCUUCACGGAUUGCUCCAUCAAAACCCCAUUCGAACUCCCUAUCAAGAACAGUGACCGAAGAAUCAGCACCUCCCUCCAAGCUGGCACCAAGUCGCCCGCCCAUGACUGAACAAAAGCUCAGCGACAGUUACAUGCAACCGCGGAAAGCUCCUCCUCACCCCGGAGCGCCAGGGGCCUCUCCUUUGCCCUCUAAGGAGCCUGUUGGUACCCCUGGUGAUGGGAAGACUGACGGCAAGACGGAUAAGGAGAAGCAUUCCCCCAAGCUUCCUAGGUGGAGCUCAGGUGGUGAUUUCACCAUGGAUGAAGAUAUGGCCAGAAUCUUGGGUACUGACGAGGGCUCCUCGUCUAUUUUGCGCCGUGUCUCGAACGCCGUGCGCCACGGCCGAACGAACAGCACCGAGGCCAGCCAUCCCCCGCAACGCGCCAGCGGACACACCCGUAGCGUCAGUGAGACGACUCGUGGCACGGCUUCUCCUCGAUGGCCCAAGACGCCAAUGGUGUUGGAGGAUCCAAGUCCGGGCCACGAGAUCAGCAGUCCCAUUUCCCUGCACUCCAGCGACGACCCUGCCUUCCUGAAGCGGCAACUUCGAAACUCGGAGCAGCGUGUCGCGGAGUUGGAGCGUCAAUUUAACACAGAAAAGGAUCUCAAGCAUCUCAACAAGAAGCUUGUGGAGAAGCGAAAGACUGUCUCGACACUGGACACGCAGACUGAGAUCAUGAUCCGUCAGCUGGAGGUUCUCGCGGGAUAUGUCGAGAAGGCCAAGGAGACCAAGACGCCUGUCGAUCCAAGGGACUUGGAAGACUCGGCUAUCAAGGACUUUGUCCAGAAGCUGGACAAGGUGAAAGAGACCAUGAGCGAAGCUAUCGAGGUUCUUCACGAGGAGCGAGACGAAUUGGUUGAGGAAAAGAACAAAGAGCGCUUCAAGUCUCAGAUUGGCGAUCUGAAGUCGCCGAGCGGCCUUGGCAUCUACAGCCAGAACAAGGGCCUCUCCGGCUCCUCGCUCAACCUUGCCGGUGACAACGGCAGCAUGACGACGGGCACGACUUUGAUGGCCCAUGAUAAUGAGGAGCCAGCAGUUGUGGAAGCGAGGCCUCAGGUUGUCGACAUUCGCAAGGGACAGGUCAAGAAGUUCAACUGGAAGAAGGGUACCAAGAUGGCGCAGAACGUCUCCAAGGGCCUUAACCGCGCCGUCGUCGCUUUUCAACAGGAACGAGAAGGACGGCAGCAUCCCGGUCUGACGGCAGACAACAUUGGCAUGCCGUACAACAUGACGGUCUCUCAGGUCGAGGCCCCCGCCGCGAUCACCCCCAAUGGACCUAACAGGCCUCCUCCCAACCAAGGAUUCGGCUUCUUCAAGAAGGACAAGAUGCCCAAGUCCAUGUCUGCCAAUAACCUAUCCGCUCAGACCGUUCCCGAGGCUCCAUCUGUCUUGUUCGGCUCCGACCUUGCGGAUCGCGCCGACUACGAGCGGCGCCAGAUCCCCAGCGUAGUUACCCGCUGCAUCGAAGAGGUUGAGCUUCGCGGCAUGGAUGUAGAGGGUAUCUACCGAAAGACGGGCGGCAACUCGCAAGUCAAGAUAAUCCAGGAAGGCUUCGAUAAGAACGAAGACUACGAUAUUUCAGACCCUGAGCUAGACAUUACGGCUGUCACCAGUGUACUGAAGCAGUACUUCCGGAAGCUUCCUCAGCCGCUCUUGACGUACGAGAUCUACGAUCAGAUCCUCCAGUCCAAUGCGUUCGCUGACACGCCAACCGAGCGUUGUGAUUUCCUGCGCAAGACUUUUGCAUUGAUGCCGCAGCAGCAUCGUGAUUGUCUCGAGUUCCUCAUGUUCCAUCUUGCUCGCGUUGCCAAACGCGAGCCUGAGAACCUGAUGUCACCCAAGAACCUCGCCGUCGUGUUUGCGCCCACCAUCAUGCGAGAUACCAGCCUUGAGCGCGAGAUGACGGAUAUGCACGCGAAGAACUUGGCUGUUCAGUUCGUCAUUGAGAACAGUCACACCAUCUUCACCGAAUGAAUUGAGUCGGAGUAAGGGCGCUCACGUCUAGACUCAUCCACACGAACCCUCCUGUAUAUAACUAUACCCAUCCACCCACCCCCUCCACGACUUGAUGCCCGGGCCCUGCCUUCAUUUCAGGUUCCUUGAGGAGUUAGCUACUGCGCGGAGCCGGUGGUUUUGAUAUCCCGCUUGAAGCCUUGGAUUUUCCAUUGAGCUCUUUCAAAUUCAUUCGCCUUGUC